AUGGCAGGAACAGUCCUAGGAAAGCGCACUCGUGGUGCUGUGGACUCUGCAUUGCCGGUCCGAACCGCGAGCAAGCGCCGAACAGUUGCUCCCCGGGCUCACCAACUGGACGCCGUUCCAACCCCGUUACGACGAACAAGGUCAACUGUAAAGAAAACAGUCGAGCAACCCGACCAAGAAAAUGGCGAGAGCAAGGCAGUGUCGGAGAAUGUUGCUUCUAAACAUACCUUGCGUGAUGACCAGUUCAAAUCUCCGGUCAAGAUCAAUUCGCAUUUCACCGUCUCAAAACCAGUGGAAGAAGAAAUUACGAAACCGAUCGAGUUCGAAUUUAAGACACCUUCCAAAUCGCGAUUCCGGGAUGAUCUACCGCAAUCUCCCAUCACCCCUAGACAUCGAGUGCAGGUCGGCGCAAAGGCUGUAACACCGCGCACCCCCGCCAUGCCGAUCUUCCCCCGACCCCCAGACAGAGUGCCACUCCGAAAAUUACGAACUCGGUUGGGACGCGAUGCAGAGCGGGAAAAGUUGGUAUCUUUUAUCACAGAAGGAGUGGAGUCUCGGGAAGGAGGGUGUCUUUAUAUCAGCGGUCCCCCAGGAACCGGAAAAAGUGCCAUGGUCCAGGAAGUGUGUGGAGAUCUUGAUCUUUCUAAAGUCAAAGUCUCGCAUGUGAACUGCGCAAGCAUGCGAAUUUCUCGCGAUGUCUACAGCAGACUCAUCCAAGAUUUCUGCCAGGACUCGGAUAUGUUCAAGAAGAGCGAGGGGGAGCGCCUCAAAUCUACGUUCAUUCCAUCUAAGAAAGGGGAAGAUAUGUUCCUGGUCACCUUAGACGAAAUUGACCAUCUGCUCAAUGGUGAUUCAGGGGUUUUACAGUCACUUUUCGAGUGGUCGUUGCAAAGCAAGUCUAAGCUGAUGCUGAUUGGCAUCGCUAACACCCUCGAUUUGACCGACCGAUCUCUCCCACAGUUAAAGGCGAAGAACCUAAAACCCCGCUUGCUGCCAUUCUUGCCCUACAGUGCUGCAUCUAUCGCAAAUGUCAUGACCAAUCGUCUUCGCUCAUUGCUCCCUGCUGGGGCAGAAUCCGACCCAAAGCUUGUCCCUUUUGUACAACCUGCCGCCAUCCAGCUUUGCUCCAAGAAGGUAGCCUCGCAGACAGGUGAUCUCCGCAAGGCGUUUGAGUUGAUCAAGCGGGCAAUCGACGUCAUUGAACAGGAAACAUUCCAAAAGUUGGAUAAGCAAGCUAAGGAGUCUGAGAAUAUUUCGAUACUAGGAGAAAAUGCCAAUUUGUCUUCGCCUUCCAAAGUCGGCAGUGCUCCGAAGCCAACUUCUAUGUCAAGCUACACAGUCAUCACGGCACCUAGAGCCAGCAUCGCUCACAUUGCCCGAAUCACAUCCGCAGCUUUCGGUCAGGGCACUGUUCAAAGACUUCAAAGUUUGAACCUGCAACAAAAGGCUGCUAUCUGCUCUCUGAUUGCGCUUGAACGCAAGCGCCGUCAGUUGGAGGUCCCAAGCACGCCCUCCAAGUCGCGUACAUCGGCACCCACUAUCAAGCAAGCAUUUGAUACAUAUUGUGCUCUGUGUCGCAAUGACAACAUUCUGCACCCCUUGACUGCUACCGAGUUCAAAGAUGUUCUCAGCAAUUUGGAAACAAUGGGCUUGGUUGGAGAAUAUCAGGGUCGCGGCCGAGGCGGAACUGUUGCAGGUGGCACAGAUCUGCGCCGCACACCUUCAAAAUCCGGCCAUGCACCUUCGACUCCUCACAAGGCCCUUGACGAGCAAGGUCUUGUCUGCUUUGUUUCCCAGCAGGAAAUCGAGGGCCAGAUUGCUGGUCCCGGUGAAGGAAUCCUUCGGCGCCUUCUCCGUGGUGAGGGACUAUGA